UCUGGAAGCAUGGCAACACAGCUCAGUUGGUGAUCUAGCUAGCUAUUUCAAUCUCGCGGUCUUGCAAGUAGUUCUGCGAAAGUUUGGCCCCGGGCGAUCGAUCGAGAUGACUGGAGUGGCUGAAGUAAUUGGUUUGAUCAGCGCGCUCCUCGCCAUCGCACGUGAGAUCAGUUCGCUGGCGGAGAGGGCUCAGCGCAACAGGGAGCAAUGCAAGCUUCUCAGAGAUCACGUGGGAUCGAUCAUGCUCCUGCUCAGGGAGCUGCAGAACCAGAUGAAGCCGGAGCCGUGGAUGAAGGACUUGCUGGAAAAUCUAAACGAUGCACUCAGAGACGGGAGAUCCCUUGUCGAAUCCUGCCAAGAUAAGAGAACCUGGUCACGCGUCUUCAAAACCGAGAAGAAGGCCAAGAAGUUCGAUGCCCUUGACCACCGGAUCUCCAGGAUCCUGCAGCAGUUCCACCUUGUCAACAUGAUCCUCAUUGUCAGGGUGAACAAUGAGCGCUUCUUCCAGAAUGUGCUCCGGAAGCUACUUGAAGAUGGUGCUUGCAAGCGCUUGCCGCAGGACGUAAAGGAGGAGCUCGAGUCAUCUAUCAAGAAGCUGACUAACACAGACAAUAUGUCACCCGACGCACAAGAUUUGCUGGAAUGGAUAAAAAGGGACAUCACAUACACAUACAGGGAUGCUGCGACCAGCGGAUCGUCAGGAGCACAGGCAUCAUCAACUGGCGACUAUCUCAUGUUGGACAUCUUGGACCUCACGGAACAAAUCAGGGAGGAGGCGGCGAUGGGCAACAACGGGGACGAAAUCCGGCGACUUGUGCAUCUCGUGCAGCAGGUAACCAAAAUUAUUCAGCAUCUCCAGACUUCCGAGCUGUCGCUGGACCCCAGUACGAGGCGGACGCUUGAGGAGCUAAAAGCAGAUCUCGUGGUGAUCUCUGAUAACAUCAUCUGGUACAACCGCAAGGAGCACAACAAAGUAAAGAGGGGCAUGCUCUGCGGCCCGAACAACGCCUACGAGGCACACAAGGAUGCCUACAAGAUCGAGUACUACAUCCAAGUCCUCGUAAUAGCCUUGCGUCAGCUAUAUGAACGUAAUUAAAUGCACGUAUACACACAUGUUAGGCUGCCGGCCGGAACUACUCCCUCCGAUUCCAAAUAUAAGUCUUUUUAGAGAUUUCAACAAAAGACUACAUACGGAGCCAAAUAUAACUCUAAAAUAUACUAUCUAUAUAUAGCCGUAUGUAGCUUGUAUUGAAAUCUCUAAAAAGACUUAUAUUUGGAAUCGGAAGGAGUAACAAUGAAUGAAUGAUACAAAAGCGGUGCAAUGGAACUUCUGUUCCUAAUAAUAGGUUGAGAUCUAAUAAGAGACUCCGUUUUUUAACUUAUAAAGCUUGUACAAGUGCGUCUUCGUUAUGUACGUUCCCUGCAUUUUUGUACUUUUCCUCUUUUCGCAAUGAUACAUUGUAACAUUGUAUGUAUUGUAAAGAGGGCAACGUGUGUAACAGAGGGUAGAAACAUUUUCAUUCUUAGUAAACAUGGGUGUAUUUUUUUAUUUUCCAGGGAAACAUGUGCGUGUAUUGUACGCAGCU